AUGGACAUCAGUGACCUCCUUGUUCGCCAUGAAAAGCUUGUUCACCUCAACGAGAACAACAAGGAUGGCUCCCGUCCGAGGAAAACCUCGACGGUCAACGUCCAGACGGGCCCGCCGCCCGACAGCAGGACCGAUGGCCAGAUGCUCGGCAUACAACCGCAUCGCGCGGCACCGCCGCAUUACAAUGCCGACCCCAUGAUGACGCCCGCGCCUUCGUCCUUGUCGUCGGACGCACAACUGUCACAGAGGACGGCGCCUGCCUGCAACCUUGAUCUUCUGUCCGAUGCCGCGACCCAUCUCGCCAGCGCUGGCGGCGUGCACUCCAUCGCACCGUUGAUGUCGGACGUAGCGCAGGCAUCGGGGGGCUUGGGGAGGGUCAAGUACGACGAGGGGAUGCAGUACGGAGACCGUGGACGGGAGAACGAGCCUGCUGCCAUGCCCGGGCAGUUCCCAGCACAGCCCGCGACGGCUUCCUUUGACGACUACCAUCUGUUCCUUGACGAGUUUGCCUCAUCGCCUCACUUCCUCCCUCCACCCCUGGACUCAGAUCCGUCGUCAGGCCUCUGGCCGAAGCAAGGUGUAGAUAUGCAAGGUCGUGGCGGAGCCCUCAAGGGCAUGUCAUCCUUCCCAUCGACGAGGUUCUCAUCGCUGCAGCCAGACAUGCGGAAUCCGGCCGAGAGCAUGCAGGACGACGCCAUGAGGGCGCCCAUGUGGAGGAUAUCCGCCGGCGACCACACCGUGAUCAAGAACAGACUUGACGAGUUUUCGCCUGUGCUGCCGGCCGACUUCGUCUUCCCCUCGCGGCAUACCCUGACUCGAUUCCUGGAGGGCUACAUCACCGGCUUCCACGAGCAUCUUCCGUUCCUGCACAUCCCCACCUUGUCGCCUGCCGAACUGUCUCCAGAGUUGCUGCUUGCCAUAUUAGCCGUGGGUGCACAAUAUCGUUUCGAGAGUCACCGCGCGCAUGCGUUGUGGUAUGCUGCCAAGGCUGUUGCUCUGGAACAGAUCAGGCGGCGGCAUAGCCACGAGGUGCACGGCUUGCUUCCGACGCAGGCGGCCUACAGUCCGCACUCGACUCGUCCUUCGCCGAGCAACACCUAUCGGCAUUCUUUCAGUUCGGUCCACCAGGAACGCCCCAUCACGCAGGAUACUCACCGCGAGCCAUUUUCUCCCAACACACCGCAGUCUCGUCUUGAGACUAUCCAGGCGCUGCUCUUGUUGUUUGCCGUUGGUCUGUGGGGGGCCAAGGCGAUCCUGCACGAGGCGCUGUCCCUUCAGAGCCAACUGGCGCUUCUCAUCCGGGAGGAAGGUCUCACUACCGAGGCCGCACCCCCGGUGGACUGGGAGUCGUGGAUCAGGCUGGAAGGGAGCAAGCGGACCAAGCUCAUCGCGUUCUGCUUCUUCAACCUCUGCAGCAUAGCGUACAACACGCCGCCGAUGCUGCUCACGUCCGAGAUAUACCUGCACCUGCCGCACCCCUCGCGGCUCUGGAGAGCCGAGUCGUCGUGGCAGUGGCAAGAGGCGCGGCAGGCCUGCCCGGCGCUCGACAUCUCCCUCCAGGACGGGUUCUCGAGGUACCUGAACCGGCCCUCCCAGGGCCCGCUCGAGCACAUGUCGUGCCUGGGCAACUACGUCCUCAUCCACGCCUUCAUCCAGCACAUCUACCUCCUCAAGCAGACGUCGUUUGCCACGGCGUCGCCGUUCGAUACCCACCGCGGCCUCAAGAUGGACGACGUCGAGGACGUGACGCAGGCGCUCCGCGUGUGGCAGGUCGGCUUCGAGCAGCACCGCCAGCAGCACGGCAGCGGCGGCGGAGACGCGCACGGGGCAGGAGGGGCAGGAGGGGCAGGGGGAGGGGACGGCCCCGUCGCGUUCAACUCGACGGCGCUGCUGCGGCUGGCGUACAUCCGGCUGUACACGGACCUGAGCCCGAGCCGGACGCUCGAGAGCCGGGACUACGUGCUCAUCGCCAACGGGUUCCAGGAGGCGCCGCUGCUGGUGCGCAGCCAGCGCCUGACGAGGGCCAUCUGGCAGGCGAUCCACGCGCUGUCGCUGCUGGUCAAGGUCGGCGUCAACUAUGUCGCGCGGACCAAGAGCUUGGAGUGGAGCAUGCAACACACCCAAGGCUUUGAUCAUACUAACCAAUCUCCCCGGGACCCAGUCUGCAACCUCGAGUGCGCCAUCCUCCUCUCGAAGUGGCUCAUGACCCUCGCGGCCGUCACGGUGGCCGACCCGGCCGUCAGCCCGGAGGAGAAGACCCUGCUCGAGAUGGUCCGGCGCAUGCUCGACGAGACCGAGUUCGCCGUGCCCAUCGACCCGUCGCUGGCGUCGUCGCCGGGCGGCGGCGGGACUACUACAGCUGGUAAUAGUAGUAGCAGUAGCGACCCGGAGAAGCUGCGGCAGCUGGCGGGCGCCGUGGUGCGGCUCUGGGCCGAGACGUUCAAGGGCACGCACAUCUUUGAGAUGGUGCGGGUCAUGAGCGUCGGGCUCGAGGGGUACGCCGACCUGCUGACCAAGCAGGACCGGGCGCCGGGCGGGCUCGUCGUGGUGGGCGGUGGCGGCAGCGGCGGCGGCGGCGGCGUGGGUGCGGCGGGCCGGCUGGGGUCCGGGUCGAGUCUUGGCUGA